ACGGAAGUACACAAGUCGCUGUGCCGCGGUCAGUGAAGACGGAUUUGAUCUAUACAGAAAUUCUUCACAACUCGGAUACUUUAUAUGGUCAGGUCUUGGUUAGCUGUAGCUCUUAGACCCUCACGAGAGGCCUCCCGCUGGCCAGAUGGACAUCAUGUGAUUGUCGCUAUUGAGCCCGACCCUCCCGCGUGCAAGAGGUCAAGAAUCUGGGCUUGAGUUGCCUGAAAGAUCCCAACUCUGAGAGGCCUGUGAUGACACAGAAGCACUACCUGGAGGGACAGGUGUACACUGUGCCCCUGAUCCAGCCUGACCUGAGAAGAGAAGAGGCCGUCCAUCAGAUCACUGAUGCCCUUAUGUAUCUGGAGAAAAUCUCUACAGACAUCUUCACCAGGGUGUCUCAGAGUGUGGAGAUGAAUCGGGCCCAUCUGCAGACAGUCACAGACCGCAUCACACUGGCUCAGGCUAGAGUACAGAAGAUCAAAGGCAGCAAGAAAGCCACCAAGGUGUUCUCCAGUGCUAAGUUCCCCGCUCCAGACCGUCUCCAAGACUACACGUCCAUCUUCUCGGGGGCAGCAGACCCCGCCUCCCACAGACCACAGCGCUACCGUGUGCAGGCCAAACUCCGCCCCUUUGAUGAGAAGACACUACAGGAGAAGCUGCUCUAUUUCCCUGUGUGUGUGAGCACUAAGAAGCGUUCAGAGGACGAGACAGAGGAGGGGCUGGGCAGUCUACCCAGAAACAUCAACUCAGUCAGCUCCCUGCUCCUCUUUAACACCACAGAGAACCUGUAUAAGAAGUACGUGUUCCUGGACCCGUUGUCGGGUGCCGUGACGAAGACACACACGAGCCUGGAGACGGAGAAGGAGGAGAAGCCCUUUGAUGCUCCGCUGUCAAUCACCAAGAGGGAGCAGCUGGAGAGACAGGCUCCAGAGAGUUACUUCUAUGUCCCAGACCUGGGCCAGGUGCCUGAGAUUGACGUCCCCUCUUACCUGCCUGAUCUGCCCGGCAUCGCGGACGACCUCACCUACAGCGCCGACCUCGGGCCCGGCUUCGCCCCGUCAGUGCCAGCCAGCGCCAUCAUACCCGAGCUGCCCUCUUUCACCGAGCCUGAGGAGGCAAACGGACCUGGUGCUUCUUUCAGAGGGGCAACCCUGCCCCCUCCGCCCCCACCCCCUCCCCCUCCAGACUCCGCCCUCUCACAGGCGUCACCUGCUGCGGCUCCGCCCCCUCCGCCACCUCCCCCACCGCUAGACAGCCCAGUGGUGAUGGACUCUACACACACACAACCAUCUGGCGCGGUGAAGGGGGCGCCCAAAAAGGGGGCGGGGCCGGGCGACGGGCGGGCGAACCUGCUGGAGUCGAUCCGGAACGCGGGCGGCGUGGGCAAGGCUCAGCUGAGGAACGUCAAAGAGAGGAAGCUGGAGAAGAAGAAACAGAAGGAGCAGGAGCAUGUGGUAGCAGCUGCAAGUGGAGGAGACUUCAUGUCUGACCUGUUCAAUAAGCUGGCUAUGCGCAGGAAAGGUAUCUCGGGUAAAGGCCCAGGGGGCGGGGACUCUGACGGGCCCUCGGGAGCUGGCAGCGCAUUCGCCAGGAUGUCAGACGUGAUCCCGCCCCUUCCUGCACCCCAGCAGGCCGGGGGGGAAGAGGAUGAAGACUGGGAGGCGUAACCAUGGCGACCGCCAAGGGGUCAGAAUGGCGCAUCGGAGAGCGAGAGGGCGCCCUCUAGUGGACACUAAAGACUGAUCAUACAGAAGGACCACUUCUAAGAGCUGUGUGUGUGUGUGUGUGUGUGUGUGUGUGUGUGUGUGUGUGAGAGAGAGAGAGA